AUGGAUCCAGAACUAAAUCAAAGUGAUCACUGCAAGAACUCCAGUUACGUCUGCUUGGAGAGAUCUGGAUCCGGCAAAGUAGAUGUGAUAAUCUAUACGUGUGCUACAGUCAUUAUUCUCCUUACAGUGUUUGGAAACCUGCUUGUUAUCAUCUCUGUUUGUCACUUUAAACAGCUCCACACCCCAACUAACCUGCUGAUUCUCUCUCUGGCUGCAUCAGAUUUCCUUGUCGGUUUCUUUGUUAUGCCUUUCCAUUCUGUUCUGUUGAUUGAAUCCUGCUGGCUUUUUGGAUUCCAUUUAUGUAACUUUUUCAGUACAGUCUCGGUCCAAGUUACAACUUUGUCUGUGCAUAAUGUUACUCUUAUCGCAGUGGAUCGUUAUUUUGCUCUGAGCAACCCUUUUCUUUACUCUAAAGCAGUUUCACUCAAUGUAAUGAUUUUUGUUGUUUCACUUUUCUGGAUAACAUCGAUAUUCUAUAGCUUUGCUAUUUUGUACACUGGGGGACUUUUUCAUGAGAGGAUACAGUGUUCAGGGGAAUGUUUUAUAAACAUAGCUGGAGAGUGGCCCAUUGUUGAUCUAAUCUUGGUCCUUGUCUUGCCUUGUUCAGUUAUAAUAGUUCUAUAUGUUCGGGUUUUUGCCAUUGUGAGGAGACAUGCUAAUGCUAUAAGGAGAGCAAAGAAACAACAAAUCACAGAAAACACAAAGUAUACCACUGAUUCUCUGACCUCUGAGAUAAAAGCUGCCAAAGCUCUCACAAUUCUAGUGUUAGUUUUUUUAGUGUGCUUAGUUCCAUUUUAUUUAUAUAUGCUGAUAGCUGGUAGUAUUUCAAUAACAUUAUUGUACAAAGUGGCUAACAACAUUGCUACCCUCUUUUAUCUAAAUUCCUCCCUUAACCCUAUAAUAUAUGCAUUUUCCUAUUCAUGGUUUAAAAAGAGUAUAAAGCUAAUUUUGUCAUGUCAGAUAUUCAAUACUGAUUCUUCUCUGAUGAAUGUUCAUUUGAAUUAA